AAUUACACACACGUUAUCUUGACUCUCACUUCAUACUAUACUUUGAUUUGUGUGCUUUUGCACUGUAGGAAGUCAUCACUGCGUAUGUGGAUAUACAGAGACACCGGAAUUGGUAUGACUUGUCAGGAAAUUGUUGACUGCCUUGGUACUAUAGCUCAAAGUGGAUCAACAAAGUUUUUGAAAGCUUUGGAGGAUAUCAAGGAUGCUAGAGCUGACAGUAACCUAAUUGUGCAUUUCGGUGUUGGAUUCUAUUCAGCUUUCCUUGUUUCUGAAAGGGUUGAAGUCUCAACUAAGAGCCCAAAAUCAGACAAACAAUAUGUUUGGGAAGGGGUGGGGGGGCUAAUUCUAGCACCUAUUGCAUUCAAGAGGAGACUGAUCCAAGACAUAGCCUCCCUCAUAUGUUGUGCAUAUCUCCUCAAACUUUCCCAUAGUUAUUUCCUACUGACUUGGUCAUUGAAGGCGUACACAAAAGCUCCAGUACUUCGCUGGGAACGUAACCCAUACUGGUACAUCCUUCAGUUCUGUUGUUACAUCAAUCUCGCACCCUAGACUCAAUGCUUUCACAUCCUUCAGAAAACUCACAUCCUCUAUACUUAAUCCUCUCCACAUACGAUGUACAAAUCCAUCUAUAAUAACUUCCAAAGGAGGAUUAGCUCCAAGGACACACACCACUAUUGCCUGAUCCAAAAGACCUAAAUCCUCUAUCCGAUCUUCUUUCAGCAUUUUAGCAACACACUGUCCUUUAGUUUCAUUUGAUUGAAUAAAGGAUUUCAAUUUUCGUGUUAGAUUCUAAAAUUCUAGGGAUUACCUCAUUAGGAGUUUUAGGGGUCAGAUUUAUUCCCUCCAACUUCGACCUCGCUAUCUCAUCAUCAGCAGACAGAUCAGUAUGGACUGUGGUAAUUGAUUUCCGCGUCGAUUGCAUCUCCAUUGCUUUCUUAUUGGCUCGCCCCCGUUUCCUCGCCAUCUAGGUGGAGCCAUGGGUCUCUUGGAAACAACAUUCCUACUUUCGAAUAGGGGCAAAGUCUGCGUACACACACCCUCCCCAGACCCUACUGUUGUGGGA